AUGAACGAUCAAGAAAAGAACAUUGAUUCCCAGUCAAUCUUAAGUAGACAUACUGAAGAUUAUAAUUUAUCAAUUGCUAGAUCUAAUCCUAGUAAUCAUAAUUUAACCGGGACUGAAUUGAAAAAGGGUUUACAUGCUAGACAUGUUUCUAUGAUUGCCUUAGGUGGUGCUUUAGGAACUGGUCUUUUAAUUGGUACUGGUUCAGCUUUAAGAACUGCAGGUCCUGGGGCCAUUCUUCUUUCAUAUUCCCUUAUUGGGUUUGUGGUUUUCAUGGUAAUGACUGCUUUAGGAGAAAUUGCCACUUUUAUUCCUUUAGCUGAUGGUUUUACUGGUUACUGUAAUAGAUAUGUUGACCCAGCUUUAGGUUUUGCUUGUGGUUAUGUUUAUUUAUUCAAAUAUUUAAUUAUUCCUGCUAAUCAAUUGGUCGCAGGUUCUUUAACUGUUCAAUAUUGGGUUUCUGCUGAAAGAUUAAAUCCUGGGGUUUGGAUUACUAUUUUCUUAGUUGUUAUUGUAGUAAUCAAUGUUGCUGGGGUUAGAUUCUUUGGUGAAAUUGAAUUUUGGUUAAGUUUAUUAAAAGUUUUCACUUGUCUUGGGUUAAUUUUAUUAUUAUGGAUUAUUGCUUUAGGUGGUGGUCCAUCAGGUGAUAGAAUUGGUUUUAGAUAUUGGCACAAACCUGGAGCUUUCUUAAUUUAUAGAGAUGCUUCAAAAGAUUUAGUUAUUGGAGGUUCUUUAGGUAGAUUUGUUUCCUUUGUUAGUGUUUUAGUUAAUGCGGUUUUCGCUUAUUUAGGUACUGAAUUAUGUGGUAUUACUUUUGCUGAAUGUUCUAGACCAAGAAAAGCUAUUCCAAAAGCUAUUAGAUUAACUUUCUACCGUAUUGUUGUGUUUUACAUUUUAUCUAUUUUAUUCCUUGGUAUGUGUGUUUCACCUUCUGAUCCUUUAUUAUUAGGUGCUUCUGGAAGUACUGCUUCAGCUUCUCCUUUCGUCAUCGCUAUUAAAAAUGCCAAAAUUGGUGGUUUAGAUCAUGUUAUUAAUGCUUGUAUUAUGUUAUUUGUUUUAUCAGCUGCUAAUUCCGAUAUGUACAUUUGUUCAAGAACUAUUUAUGGUUUAGCUAUUGCUGGUUAUGCUCCAAAAUUCUUUUCAAAAACCAACAGAAUGGGUGUUCCAUAUUAUGGUGUUACAUUAUCCUUUGCUUUCUGUUUAUUAGCUUAUAUGACUGUUUCUGAUGAUGCUUCAGAAGUUUUUGGUUAUUUUGUUAAUGUCGUUUCUUUAUGUGGUUUAUUAGCUUGGUGUUCUAUUUUAAUCAUCCAUAUCAGAUUCAUGGCUGCUUGUAAAGCUCAAGGUAUUGAUAGAAAGAAAGAUUUAGCUUAUAAAUCUCCUUUACAACCUUACGGUUCAUAUAUUGCUUUAAUUAUUUGUGCCGUUGUGGUUUUAAUUAAGAAUUUUACUGUAUUCUUAGGUAAACCUUUUACUUACAAAACUUUUAUCACUGGUUAUAUUGUUUUACCAGUUUUCUUCCUCAUGUAUGGUGGAUUCAAACUCUUUUACAGAACUCAUCACAUCCAUGCUGCUGAAACUGAUAUGGCCACUUAUAAAGAUGUUGUUGAUGCUGAAGAAGCAGAAUUUGCUGCUGCUGAAGAAGAAGAAAAAGCUCUUAGAGCUGCUCAAGGUAAUCCAAAGAACUUUGCUUGGUUCUAUGAUAAGAUUUUAGGAUGGAUCUUCUAA